CAUGACCCCUCGUAUCUAUGGCUGAAAUCAAAGGAGAGGGAGAGAAGAAAACUUGAAAUUACGGUUGAUCAACGUUGAGGUUGAAACCUGAGAUGCAGUCAGAUCUACAUUGAGAUCGAGUUGAUCGAGGUUAAGAUCGAGCUUUGAGACGGUGAGACUGAGAGAUGUCUUCGACGAGGGAGAGAGCGAAUAAUCGAACCGUCGAAGUCAAUUAGAUGGAGGCGGUUGACUGAUGACUAGUUAAGAGGCAAAAGGAAGAGGCAAGUUAUAUAUCCAAUCAUAUGGAUGCAAAAUUGUACAAUGCUGCUGUUUUGGGCGACAUUGAUUUCCUAGUGCAAAACAAGGAUAAACUUGUGGAUGAAUCGACUCCAAACAACAACACUGUCCUUCAUCUUGUUUCCCUACUAGGCAAAGGUAUAUGUGUGACAGAGAUCCUUAAAAUGCACCCUUUGUUGAUACGUCGAGUGAAUUCAAACGGGGACUCCGCGCUUCACCUUGCAGCGAGAAAUGGAAAUUACGAUGUAGUCCAGGAACUCAUCAGAUGUGCAAAAUCACUUGAUAAAGAGGUUGAAAGUGGUAUUGGAUUUGACAAGGUGAUUCAGAGGAUGAGAAAUGAGUGCGGAGACACACCCUUAUUCGAUACUGUUCGGCAUAAUCACUUUGAUGUUGUCGAAUUUUUGGCACAGGAAGACCCCAAGUUUUCUCAUACUGCCAAUAAUAUUGGGGAAACUCCACUUUACAUUGCUGCUGAGAAAGGAUUUGAUGACUCAGUGGCAGUGAUCUUGGAAAAAUGCACAUUACCAGGUUAUGGUGGUCCAUGUGGUAGAACAGCUUUACAUGCAGCAAUAAUCUCCAAUGGUGCAGUAAGUACAAGAAAAUUGUUGGUCUGGAAGCAAUCUCUAAUCAAUGAAAGAGAUGAAAGAGGAUGGAGUCCACUUCAUUUUGCUGCUUUCUUUGGUCGUGCAUACAGGGUAUCCCAGCUAUUAACUGUGGAUAAAUCUAUUACAUACAUUGCAGACAAUGACAUGAACACUGCUCUUCAUAUAGCAGCUACGAGAGGGGAGAUUGAUACAGCCCAAAAAAUCAUAUUAGACUGUCCAGAUUGUUGUGAAAUGGUGAAUGACAGUGGGCAAAAUAUACUUCACAUUGCAUUCAAGUACAAGAAGAGCAACUUUGCCCAAUAUAUUCUACGAAACUAUGAAGCAAUCAGUGCUACACUUGUAACUCAGAAAGACGUCGAUGGCAAUACGCCUCUCCAUCUCAUGGCAGCUUCCACUUGCUUUGCACCUCUACUCGUGGAUCAUGCUAUGGUAGAUAAGAACUCCUUCAACAAUAAAAACUUGACUCCCUUGGAUCUCAUUGAGGAAUCCGAAGUUAAAGUUCAUCCAGUAUUAAUCAAAAACCUACUAAGCGCAGCCGGAGCAACUCUGGGCUUUCGGAAUAUUAGGAGCAUAGAAGAGAAAGAUCAAGAUCCUAAUCCUCUUGGAAAAGAUAAAAUCAGAGAAGAGAUUAGGAAAAUAGGUGACAGUUAUAAUAUAGUGGCUACCCUCAUUGCCACCGUAACCUUCACGGCCGGAUUCACCAUGCCUGGUGGUUACCAUCAAAGUGGCGAUCUAAACCAAGGAAUGGCAGUUCUGUCAAGAAAACCAGCUUUCCAAGCAUUUAUCAUCUCAGAUACCAUGGCUCUGCUACUCUCUUCUAUAGCCAUAUUUCUCAUUUUUGUGAGCUUGUGGAUUGAUAACAUAUCCGUACUUGCAAAAAUUCAAGAACACGUCGCCAGUCUUAUUCUUGCUGCCAUCGGAGCAAUGAUGGUGGCGUUUAGUACAGGGACUUAUGUGGUAUUGGGUGAAUCAUCAGCCCUUGCAAUUACCACAUGUGUCAUUGGUGUCAUUUCUAUACCCAUUUAUUUUUCAAACUUUUAUAAGAUAUUCAAUGGGAUUUUCAAUAGUGACAAAGUCAUAUAAUGCAUACCCUAUAAUAAUUGAGCUUGCAUUGUACAAAUCCUUUUCAGGUUG